AUGCUCCUCCCCCGCCUCAUCUUCGCACCAUCACCAUCCCUACGCAGCAUCACCCGCGUAGCAGCCACCGCAUCAAGACCUUUCGCAUCCGAUCCUCUCUGCAUCGCCAGAUCCAGCUCCAGCUCCAGCUCCAGCUCCAGAUCCAAAUCCGCACAAGCUCCCACACUCGCACGACUCGCCAGCUCCUGUUGCGGCUCCUCAACCUCAACCCCUCCAUCCAACAAUCCUCAUAAAUACCAAACCCCCUCCUCCUCCUUCACCACCACCACUCCCACAGCAAACUACUCAACCUCAUCACCACCCUCCCCCUUCACCUUCAAAAUGUCCUCCUCCGACAACAACAAACCCCCUUCCGCCGAAGACGUCUCCAAAUACCUCCGCGAAACCCACGACCGCCUCUUCGACAAUAACCGCGCCUGGGCUGCCGAAAAGGCCGAAAGGGACCCAGGCUACUUCGCCAAACUGUCCGCCGGACAAUCCCCCGAAUACCUCUGGAUAGGAUGCAGCGACUCCCGCAUCCCCGCCGAGCAAAUCACCGGCCUCGAGCCAGGCGAGGCUUUCAUCCACCGCAACAUUGCUAACCUCGUCUGCAACACCGAUCUCAAUGUUAUGAGCGUCAUCAACUACGCCGUGCGCCACCUCGGCGUCAAGCACAUCAUUGUCUGCGGACACUACGGCUGCGGCGGUGUCAAGGCCGCCAUGACACCCAAGGACCUGGGGCUGUUGAACCCCUGGUUGCGGAACAUUCGCGACGUGUACAGGCUGCAUGAGAAGGAGCUGGAUGCCAUCCCUGACGAAGAGCAGCGCUACAAUCGACUGGUUGAGCUGAAUGUCGAGGAGCAGUGCCGCAAUAUCGUCAAGACUGCUGCUGUUCAGCAGAGCUAUGCCAAGAACCAGUUCCCUGUUGUCCAUGGCUGGGUCUUUGGUUUCCAUGAUGGCUUGUUGAAGGACCUCAAGAUUGAUUUCCAGGCCAUGUUGAAGAAUAUCCAGAAGAUUUACAAUCUUACUGAGGCUGAGUAA